UGGCUCUGGAGAAGGCUCCGUGGCAAGAAGCGGUCGGUGAUGGCGUUCUGCCUCUUGAUGACCCUGUCUGCAGUGGCUGUCACCCAUUUUCCUCCAGAACAUCCAGCUUCCACCCCAGGACUCGGUCCCAUGGAACCUCGGAGGGAAAUUGGCAUGUCUGACCCCAGAACUCAGCAGACUUUGAACUCUAGCCUGAGGCGGCCAGUGAGGAACCUGGGCCUCUGGACAGGCCAGGCUUUGCCCAGAAAUCCCAUCUUGGUCUGUGCCAAGAAGCGAAGUCACAGAAGACAAGUGGAGAAAAGCAGUCACCCUCUGAGCACCAGGAGAGAUGCCACUGUUACAGGAGAGCUGACACUCAGCGCCCAGCAUCAGGAGCGUUUAAUGGAGGAUGACGUCAGAGAUGCAGGAGGAGCAGCUCUAGACCAGCCUGGUUUAGUCCAGGAGACACAGAGCAAGACAGUCACCAUGAUUAUCCCCCACACAGAGCGCAGCCAGGCAUCUUUCCAGGCAUGGAGCGGUACUGAUGCAGUGAGCCUUAGGCCACAGCCAGCAGAUGAUGACGAUCCUUUGCUAGGAGCCGAGAACAGAGUCUUGACUGGUGAGAAGGCUGGGGGUUCCCCCUCAGGGUCAGGGACUCCGUGGUGGUCCGGCUCUGUUGAGGACCUGCAAAAGUCCCCAUGGUGUGGUACUGAGACCCCUGGACUUGCCAGUACUGCUGCAUGGGGACAGGUUCCACCAUGGUUCACAGAACGUGAUGUACAGACUCUCCGGCUACUGGCCCAUGGGGAGGUGAUGGGCAAAGCCAGGGUCCCUGCCCAUGGGCAGGUGCUGCAGGUUGGACUAUCUUCUGGGGAUUCCCUCCAGGACAUAUCUCCUCUCAAGCUUAGCCAGCUUUGCUCCCAGGGUCUCUGCGGCCUGAUUAAGAGGCCUAGGGACUUGCAUGAAGUCCUAUCCUUCCACGUGGACCGUGUGCUGGGUCUCCAACGGAGCCUGCCUGCCAUAGCCCGGAGCUUCCACAGUUCCCUCCUGCCCUACCGUUACACAGACGGCAGCGUGAGGCCCAUCAUCUGGUGGGCACCAGAUGUACAGCACCUAAGAGACCCAAAUGAGGACCAGAACUCUCUGGCCUUGGGCUGGCUGCAGUAUCAGGCCUUGCUGGCCCGAGGCUGCGACUGGCCAGGCCAGAGCCCAUGUCUGGGCAUCCACCACGCCGAGUGGGCACGGUUGGCUCUCUUUGACUUUCUGCUUCAGGUCCACGACCGCCUGGAUCGUUACUGCUGUGGCUUUGAGCCUGAGCCCUCCGACCCCUGUGUGGAAGAGGGGCUCCGAGAGAAAUGUCGGAACCCAGAGGAGCUGCGGCUGGUCCACAUCCUGGUCCGGAGAAGUGAUCCAUCUCGUUUGGUCUACAUAGACAAUGCCGGCAAUCUUCAGCAUCCAGAGGACAAGCUUAACUUCCGGCUGCUGGAAGGCAUAGAUGGGUUUCCUGAGUCCGCUGUGAAGGUUCUCGCAUCAGGCUGUCUUCAGAACCUGCUGUUCAAGUCGCUGCAGAUGGACCGGGUGUUCUGGCAGAGCCAAGGUGGAGCUUUAGGUCUGAAGCAUGUCCUUGAGACACUGGAGAGGCGAGGACAAGCCCUGCUGAGACACAUCCAGAAACAUAACCUCACACUGUUCAGGGACAAGGACCUGUGAACCCAUGGCUGUCUUAGGCUGAGCACACCUUGCUGGAGGACUUUACACAGUGCAAACCUCUGCUGGUGACCAUCCCUCUCAAUGACAGCAUUUCCUUGACAACAGCUGGCCAUCCUGAUGACAAAUGGGAAAAGCCAGAGCUGGAGGAGCCUACAAUGCCAUCGGACAGCUCACCUGCUGGGGCUGGUGGAGAACCUUCAGACUACAUUCUCGGCUCUUGCAGUUUACUCCCAUGCACCAAUAAAUGUGUUCAUGAAGUGUUCCCUGAACAUGUACAUGCAGUGCUGCAUGCAUGUGUACAGAGAAAUGUCGGUAGAUGCCUGAACUGGACAUCAUACAUGCUAGGCAAGUACUCUACCAACUGAACU